AUGUUACAGGCAAUCAAGUAUAGCAAGGGCAACCUUGAGAUCCUGGAUCAAUUGCAGCUUCCAUUUGUCGAAGAAUACAUUCCCAUCCGGACUACAGAAGAUGGAUGGCACGCCAUCAAAGAUAUGAAAGUCCGAGGGGCACCUGCUAUUGCGAUCGUCGCAAUGCUUGCUCUCGCUUCGGAGCUAACCUCUGCUGUGGACAGCGACAAGCUUUCACAAUCACCAGAAGAGGUGUGCCAAUAUAUCACAGAGAAGCUUGCUUAUCUGGUGACGAGUAGGCCGACUGCCGUCAAUCUCGCUGAUGCUGCGCGCAAGCUGGAGGCUGUAGUGGUCAACCGCACGAAAGCACCGGGCUCUACUGGCCGCGAAGUCGCGGCCGCCUUUAUUCAGGCGGCAGAGGAUAUGAUGGGAAAAGACCUCGAGGAUAACAAGAAAAUUGGACACAAUGGCGCAGAAUGGAUCGCCGUUCGUGCGUCCAGAGGGAAUUCAAUGAUUACUGUAUUGACCCACUGCAACACUGGCUCUCUCGCCACUUCUGGAUAUGGCACCGCAUUGGGUGUGGUUCGUUCGCUGGCCGAGAAGAGCCUCCUAACUCACGCUUAUUGCACAGAGACCAGGCCCUACAACCAAGGGUCUCGCCUUACAGCAUUCGAGUUGGUUCACGACGAAAUUCCGGCUACACUCAUCACGGAUUCCAUGGCAGCCGCUUUGCUCGCAGAUACCAAAGUGAGAGUGAAUGCAAUUGUGGUGGGAGCUGAUAGGGUAGCAGCAAAUGGUGACACAGCCAACAAGAUUGGCACAUAUGGUCUCGCUGUCUUGGCAAAGUACCAUGGCGUUAAGUUCCUCGUUGCAGCGCCGCUCACAACAAUCGAUAUGGCAACGAAAUCAGGGAGAGACAUUGUCAUUGAGCAACGUGCAGCAUCUGAAGUGACCAGCAUUAAAGGUCCCCGUGCGGGUUCUGAGGCCACCGACCAGAUUGUGAUUGAGACCGUGAAAAUUGCUGCGCCAGGGAUCAAUAGGUUGGAGUUGCAGAGAAGUUAG